UUUUUGUUGUCGUGGCAGCGCGAACACGCUCGAUGAUGGCUGUCAAACUCCUGUCGCGGUUAUCGGCUCAUCGCACCGUGCUGCUUGCCGUGUGCAUGGUGCUGGUGGUGGUUGGGUACAUGGUGUCUUCGUUCCAAGCGGCCGAGAAGACCAACAAACUCCUGGUGCGCAGCCAGUCGCACGCUCAAGGGCUCAUGGAUUUCAUUCAGCAGUUGGCUUACGAGGUGACAGAAACGUACCGCACCAGCCUUGAAACACCGGUUCAGCUUUGCUCCAACUCGACCUCGACGCUGGCCAUUGUUGUGCCCUAUCGAAACCGCGAAGCGCAUUUGAAAGUGUUCCUGCCAUGGAUGCGUCGACAUCUACUGGCCGAGCACGCACGACGGCUGGAACAAUGGUCGCAAGGGCUCCAAGAUCAGGCAAACCCACCCGUCUGCCAGUUUGCCAAGUUUGUCAUUGUCGAGCAAGCCGACAACACGCCCUUCAACCGCGCUUGGCUGCUCAACAUUGGGUCGGCGUACGCGUACUCAGAGUACGGUGCGGAUGUGCUAUCCUUGCACGAUGUUGAUACGCUUCCUCUUGACGGCGUGCACUACUUGAACGUUCCACCAUUGCCUCUCCAACUCUCGGGUGAAAUUGACCGGUACGGAUUUGUGCCGCACUAUCCUGCCAACGCUGGCGGUGUAAAUCUCCUGCAAUAUUCGCAGUUUGCGGCUUUCAAUGGGUUUUCCAAUGGAUUCGAUGGCUGGGGUGCAGAAGACGAUGACUUUUUCCAUCGUCUCGAAAGCGUAGGGCUGAUAGAGCGUGCUGGCAUCAUGAAUCGGCCACCGGUAGGGCAUGGAAGGUUUUUCACCCUUUCCUCGAAAGAUCACACGGAACGCGACAAGUCUGGCUACAGCGAGAGGAUGCAACAAACCUACGGCCGAUCGUACGACGCUGAAAGUAACGCCGCCGAUGGAUUGUCGACCCUGCGUUACCACCUCAAAGACGCCAUCGCACUUGCCGACGACACUGUGGUAUUGAAAGUGGUUCGCAAGCCGUCACACUAAGAUAACACAACAAAUGGAUGCGAUUUCGGUGUAAAAAUCAUCGUACUUGUCAAACGAAUCAUGGAUUGAUUGUAAAAUAGCAACAUUCUCAGGACACACCACAAGA